UUAUCUUUGAGUAAUCAUUCAAGGUCGAACAUUGUAGGUAGUAGGGAGUAAUUCUUAUCUUUACCACAUCCAGAUCAGGAGAAGCAGUAUGGUCAACUGUAUCCAAACGGUUCCGCAGAUGGAAUGAUCGGUGCUCUAUUGGAAAGACGUGUGGACAUAGCCAUCGGUGGAGUGAGCGUCUGGCAUCACUUGUUUCCACACUUCACCUUUACGGCAACGCUCCAACGAGUUGGAAUCAAUUGCCUUACUCCUCGUCCUAGAAUUUUGCCUUCAUGGCUCACACUGGUGAAUGCAUUCACGGAUGUUGUAUGGGUGGUCUUUGUUGUGUGCUUCGCAUGCAACUCCUUAGCUCUGUAUUUCAUAACCAAGCGCAAAGAGCCAUUCUAUGCAGUUCAACAGGUGUUCGCCGCGUUACUUCUGCAAGGAACAACUCUUAGGAAACGUUCCUUUUCAGAGGUCAUUUUCACCAUCUCCAUACUCAUGACUGCAAACAACCUAGCACUCAUUUACCUCGGGAAGGAGGCUAGCAUGAGAAAUUUUCCACAGCAAUCCCGUUCGAUAGAAACCAUUGAUGAGCUGGCGGACAGUGGACUGCAUUGGAAUGCUCCGCAUGAAGCCUGGAAGUAUUCCCUGUUGACGUCUGAAAAUCCAUCGAUCAAAGUACUUCUGAAUACCUUUCAAGUCCUAUCACCAUCAUCCCUAGUCGAGAAGGCCGACGAAGGUAAGGAGAACUUUGCGUUCGUAAGACUCAACUUUGGUCACUACAUGUUCGGACCGUGGAUCAACGAAGGCAACAUCCACUUCUAUCGACCGAUGUCCGAGGACAUCUACUGGGAGCACGAAACGGUAUGGACGACCAAGACGUGGCCUUUUCUGGAACCUUUCAACAGGCAUAUUAUGCUUUCGGUCGAAGCUGGUUUGCAGCAGUACGAAGAGCUGGUUCUGGCGAAGAAAUAUUUGAGCUAUACGGUACAGAUCGAGAUUGAACACUCGCGUGAUCGUUUGCAGAGGCAACCCAGUGCGUUGGAGUUUUCAGAUGUGUAUGGAAUUUUGGUUUUGCUUUUGAUGGGAUUGGGGGCUUCAUUUGUUGCGUUUGCUGUUGAAAUGGUGUGGUACAAAACUCGAGAUCCUAAUUAA